UGAAAUCCUCAGUGUGUCCCUCGGCACACUCACUGUGUGUUUGAGACAAAGAGAUAGAGAGGAAUACAGAGAGUUAACUAUCCAGGAGCUCUGGGGCUCCUAGAGACGUGGACAGAGACGGGUACAGAAAUAAGGAGCAAAUACAUCCACUUUCCAAACCACUGGGAUUGAGAGUUGUAGGACAACGCUGCAAGAAUGGGGCUCGGAGUGAAGAAAGCAAAGAAAAUGAAGGAUAUGGAAGAUUUGAAAAAAGAAGUUGACCUGGAUGAUCACAAGUUGAACUUCGAUGAAAUACAAAGUAAAUACGACACAGACUUAACAAGGGGUCUAACCUCGGCUCAGGCCAGGGAGAUCCUUCUUCGUGAUGGCCCCAACACCCUGACCCCUCCCCCCACAACCCCUGAGUGGGUGAAGUUCUGCAGACAGCUCUUUGGCGGGUUCUCCAUGCUGCUGUGGAUCGGAGCUAUUCUUUGCUUCCUGGCCUACACAAUCCAGGCCGUCUCAGAGGAGGAGCCUGCCAAUGAUAAUCUGUACUUGGGUAUUGUUCUCUCAGUAGUUGUCAUUGUCACUGGCUGUUUCUCCUACUACCAAGAAGCCAAGAGUUCAAAGAUCAUGGACUCCUUUAAGAAACUGGUGCCACAGCAAGCCCUGGUUGUCCGUGAUGGUGAGAAGAUGAAUAUCAAAGCUGAAGAAGUGGUGGUUGGAGAUCUAGUGGAGGUGAAAGGAGGAGACCGGAUCCCAGCUGACUUGCGUAUCAUCUCUGCCAGUAGGUGCAAGGUGGACAACUCCUCCCUCACUGGAGAAUCUGAGCCCCAGACUCGCUCUCCAGACUUUUCCAAUGACAACCCCCUGGAGACCAGGAACAUUGCCUUCUUCUCAACCAACUGUGUUGAAGGAACUGCCAGAGGUGUCGUCAUCAACACUGGUGACCACACUGUCAUGGGUCGUAUUGCCUCCCUGGCAACGAGUCUGGAAGGUGGGAAGACGCCUAUCGCCAAAGAGAUUGAGCACUUCAUCCACAUCAUCACCGGUGUGGCUGUCUUCCUGGGCGUGUCUUUCUUCAUUCUCUCCCUCAUUCUGGGAUAUGGUUGGCUGGAAGCGUGUAUCUUCCUCAUUGGAAUCAUUGUUGCUAAUGUACCAGAGGGUCUCCUGGCAACUGUAACUGUCUGUCUGACUUUGACGGCCAAGCGGAUGGCCAAGAAGCAAUGCCUGGUGAAGAAUCUUGAAGCUGUGGAGACCCUGGGCUCCACCUCCACCAUCUGCUCUGACAAGACCGGAACCCUGACCCAGAACAGAAUGACCGUGGCUCACAUGUGGUUUGACAACCAGAUCCAUGAGGCCGACACCACAGAAAACCAGAGUGGUACCUCCUUCGAUAGAAGCUCUCCCACUUGGGCUGCCCUGGCAAGAGUUGCUGGCCUGUGUAACCGUGCCGUCUUCCUGGCAGACCCCAAAAACAAACAUAUCCUCAGAAGAAAUGUGGAUGGUGAUGCUUCAGAGUCUGCACUGCUUAAAUGUAUUGAGCUGUGCUGUGGGUCUGUCAAAGCAAUGAGAGAAAAGUACUUCAAGCUUGCAGAAAUUCCCUUCAACUCCACUAAUAAAUACCAGCUCUCCAUUCAUAAGAAUGUGGCUGGAGAGUCUAAGCAUCUGCUGGUGAUGAAGGGAGCCCCUGAGAGGAUCCUGGACCGCUGCUCCACCAUCCUGAUCCAGGGAAAAGAACAGCCCCUGGAUGAUGAGAUGAAAGACGCCUUCCAGAACGCCUACAUUGAACUGGGUGGUCUGGGAGAGAGAGUGCUGGGUUUCUGUCAUUUCCAUCUCCCUGAUGACCAGUUUGCUGAGGGCUUUCAGUUUGAUUGUGAAGAGGUGAACUUCACCACUGAGAACCUGUGCUUUGUUGGCCUAAUGUCCAUGAUUGACCCACCUCGGGCAGCUGUGCCUGACGCUGUUGGCAAGUGCAGGAAUGCUGGAAUCAAGGUUAUCAUGGUCACUGGUGAUCAUCCCAUCACUGCCAAGGCCAUUGCAAAGGGUGUGGGCAUCAUCUCUGAGGGCAACGAGACUGUGGAGGACAUCGCUGCUCGUCUGAACAUUCCAGUCAAUGAAGUUGAACCCAGGGAUGCCAAGGCCUGUGUGGUCCAUGGUGGCAAACUCAAGGACCUUACAGCUGAACAGUUGGACGACAUCCUGACUAAUCACACCGAGAUCGUAUUUGCCAGAACUUCACCUCAGCAGAAACUGAUUAUUGUGGAGGGCUGCCAGCGCCAGGGGGCCAUCGUGGCUGUGACCGGUGACGGAGUGAAUGAUUCUCCUGCCCUAAAGAAGGCUGACAUUGGCGUUGCAAUGGGAAUCUCUGGAUCGGACGUCUCCAAGCAGGCAGCUGACAUGAUCCUCCUGGACGACAACUUUGCAUCAAUCGUUACUGGUGUUGAAGAAGGCCGUCUGAUCUUUGACAACUUGAAGAAGUCCAUCGCCUACACCCUGACCAGUAACAUUCCAGAAAUCACACCAUUCCUCCUCUUCAUCAUAGCCAACAUUCCACUGCCCCUAGGAACUGUUACCAUCCUCUGCAUCGACCUGGGAACUGACAUGGUCCCUGCUAUCUCCUUGGCCUAUGAAGCUGCUGAAAGCGACAUAAUGAAAAUUCCACCCAGAAACUCCAAAACAGACAAACUGGUCAAUGAAAGGCUUAUCAGCAUAGCCUACGGUCAAAUUGGUAUGAUCCAGGCUUUGGCAGGGUUCUUCACAUACUUUGUGAUCCUUGCUGAGAACGGGUUCUUACCCUCCAAACUGCUAGGUAUCCGUGUGGAGUGGGACAACAAAUUUUGCAACGACCUAGAGGACAGCUAUGGCCAGCAAUGGACUUAUGAACAGAGAAAGAUUGUGGAGUUCACCUGCCACACAGCAUUCUUUGCCAGUAUAGUAGUUGUACAGUGGGCUGAUUUGAUCAUCUGUAAGACCAGGAGAAACUCAGUCUUCAAACAGGGAAUGAGGAACAAGAUUCUCAUCUUCGGCCUGUUUGAGGAGACAGCCCUGGCUGCCUUCCUGUCUUACUGCCCUGGAAUGGAUGUCGCUCUCAGAAUGUACCCGCUAAGACCCAACUGGUGGUUCUGCGCCUUGCCAUACUCAAUCCUCAUCUUUGUUUAUGAUGAAAUCCGAAAAUGGAUCAUCCGAAACCGCCACAAAAUUUCAGGCUGGGUGGAAAAGGAGACCUACUACUAGAAAGGAUUGCUCAGGUUCUUGUGAAGUUGUCUUGCUGCUCUGACAUUUUAAAAUGUUGUGUUUUAUAUAAUUCCUUGAUUCAACACUGAGAGCAACAAUCUGUAACAUGUCCAUGUAGCUCAAGUAUCCACGUACAGGUAAGACAAUACACGGAAUACCGCGCCGACAACUACGCUACCCAACACGCUGACGGGCACCAUAGUGGCAACUGAAGCAGGCCCGGCGCCACGAGGGGGGAUGCAAAAGGGGGCGAUGCCCCUCCAUCGAGAAUCUGUGCCCCCCCAUUUUGUUUCCCCAAAAACACUGCAAAUGGAAUACGAAUUAGAUAUGCCCCCUCAUUAAUAAAAAAACAAACAAUCAAAACAACUUUCAUGGCUGAGAUAUUAUGCUAAUUGUAAGGAUAGAUUUCACAAACAAACAUAUUACACAUCCAGCCCAAAAUAGGUUUAAGGUCUGCGACUUUUCUUCACAGAAAUCACAGAAUGCAUAGUUAAAUCAGUGACCAGGGUUAGUGAACUUAAUUUCUGUGGCAUCGUCUAUGUUCUAUCAAGCAACACACCAUGUUGGAUGUCCAACAGACACGUCAAGCUGGUUGCCUUGUAUCAGAAGUCUUUCAUUAUCAACAGAGCAGGCCAGUCCAGAAUGGUGGGCAGAGAUGGAAGCACCAUUUGAUUCUGUUGGUGUGUAUUCUAUAGUUAAGAAUACUGUUAAGAAUGGAGGAAAAAGGGCUAGUUUCUGGGCAUCUGACUAACACCCAAAGGCUGAGGGGAUCUACUUCUAUUCUUAAUUUGGCCUGUUCCUUCAAAAAAGAGGGACUUUGUUGUUUUAAGUAAAGACGAUAUUUUAACUUCCGUAAGAACUGUUUAAAUGUACUAGCGAUGUAGCUGUAACAAUGUUAUAACUUAACUGGUCACAAGAAAAAGCAAACAUGUAUAUUAUGUUCUAAUGUAAAUAGUCUAUUGGUACAUUAAGACAUUUUAAAUAACAUAUGAAUCACCUAUAUGACUUCCUAUGUAGACAGGCAAGAGAUUUUACUCACUGCAAUUAAAUUCUUUACCAAUGUA